AGAACUUACACCACUCCCUAAAAGAAGGUAGCAUUCACUUUGGAUCUAAGGAAGCGAUCUCCAGAGAAGGCACAGCUCCAACGGGAAGCCAGCGAGUAAAAUUUAGUUCUGCUAUUUCAUUAAAGCACGUGUGUGGAUUCUAACACUUUAAAGACCCUGCACAGAUCUGGAUCCCCUGUGAACAAUGGAGACAGCGCUAGCAAAAAUGUCACAGCAAAGGCAAGUUGUUUUUCUUACUAUGUUGUUGCUUUUGUGGGUGUCUGGUUCAGAGGCAAUUAAAUAUUCCAUGCCAGAAGAAACAGAGAGUGGCUACUUGGUGGCUAACCUGGCACAAGAUCUGGGGAUCAGGGUUGGGGAACUGGCAGCUAGAGAGGCACGAGUCCAUCACAGAGGAAACAAAGACCUCUUGCAGCUGGAUGCAGAGACAGGAAAUCUGUUCUUGAAGGAAAAAUUAGACCGUGAGGGGCUUUGCGGGGCGACAGAACCCUGUGUGCUGCACUUCCAGAUCAUACUGAAAAACCCUGUGCAGUUCUUUCAAACUGAACUGCAGCUCACAGAUAUAAAUGACCACUCUCCGGAGUUCCCUGACACGGAAAUGCUCCUAACAAUCCCUGAGAGCGCCCAGCCAGGAACUGUGUUUCCUCUGAAGGCAGCUCAGGACCCUGACAUGGGGAGCAACGCUAUUCAGAACUACACAGUCAGUCCCAACCUCCAUUUCCAUGUCGUUACUCUCAGUCGCUCAGAUGGCAGGAAAUACCCAGAGCUGGUGCUGGACAGAGCCCUGGACAGGGAGGAGCAGCCUGAGCUCACUUUAAUCCUCACCGCUCUGGAUGGGGGAGCUCCACGAAGGUCUGGGAUGACCACAGUUCAUAUUGAAAUCAUGGACAUCAAUGACAAUGCUCCCCAGUUUGUACAAUCGCUCUAUGAGGUGCAGGUUCCCGAGAAUUUCCCCCUUGAUGCCUUACUUGUCACGGUCUCUGCUAGGGAUUUAGAUGCUGGGAUAUAUGGCAAUAUAGCCUACUCUCUGUUUCAAGGUGAUGGAGACUCCCAACCAUUUGUAAUAGAUGAAAUCACAGGAGAAAUCCGUCUAAGCAAAAAGUUGGACUUUGAGGUAACUCCAUACUAUAAUGUGGAAAUCGCAGCCACGGAUGGAGGGGGACUUUCAGGAAAAUGCACUGUAGCUGUUCAGGUGUUGGAUGUGAAUGAUAACGCCCCAGAGUUGACGGUCUCUACGCUCUCAAGCCCUAUCCCCGAAAACUCCCCAGAGACUGUCGUUGCAGUUUUUGGUGUUUUUGACCCAGAUUCUGGGGACAAUGGAAGGAUGGUGUGCUCUAUUCAGAACGAACUUCCAUUUCUUUUAAAGUCCACAUUUGAGAACUAUUAUACUUUAGCGACAGAGAGGCCACUGGAUAGAGAGAGUAUCGCUGAGUACAACAUCACCAUCACUGUCUCAGACAUGGGCACACCCAGGCUCACAACCCAGCAUACUAUAAAAGUGCAGGUGUCUGACAUCAACGACAACGCCCCCGCCUUCACGCAAACCUCCUACACCCUGUUUGUCCAUGAGAACAACAGCCCCGCCCUGCACAUAGGCACCAUCAGUGCCACAGACUCAGACUCGGGCUCCAAUGCCCACAUCACCUACUCGCUUCUGCCGCCCCAGGACCCGCAGCUGGCCCUCUCCUCGCUCAUCUCCAUCAACGCUGACAACGGGCAGCUGUUUGCGCUCAGGGCAUUGGAUUAUGAGGCCCUGCAGGCCUUCGAGUUCCACGUGGGCGCCACAGAUGGAGGUUCGCCCGCGCUCAGCAGCCAGACUCUGGUGCGCGUGGUGGUGCUAGACGACAAUGACAAUGCGCCCUUCGUGCUCUACCCACUGCAGAAUGCUUCUGCGCCCUACACCGAGCUGCUGCCCAGGGCAGCGGAGCCUGGCUACCUGGUCACCAAGGUGGUGGCAGUGGACCGCGACUCUGGUCAGAAUGCCUGGCUGUCAUUCCAGCUGCUCAAGGCUACGGAGCCCGGGUUGUUCAGCGUGUGGGCGCACAAUGGCGAGGUGCGCACCACCAGGCUGCUGAGCGAGCGAGAUGCACCCAAGCACAGGUUGCUGUUGCUGGUCAAGGACAAUGGAGAGCCUCUGCGCUCUGCCAGUGUCACAAUGCACGUGCUAGUGGUGGAUGGUUUCUCUCAGCCCUACCUGCCCCUGCCAGAGGUGGCGCUGGAUCCUACACGGGAAGAAGAUAAUCUCACGCUGUAUCUUGUCAUCUCCUUGGCAUCUGUGUCUUCUCUCUUCCUCUUGUCUGUGCUGCUGUUCAUGGGGGCGAGGCUGUGCAGGAGGGCCAGGGAGGCCUCUCUGGGAGGCUACUCUGUGCCUGAGGGACACUUUCCUGGCCACCUGGUGGACGUCAGCGGGGCAGGGACCCUGUCCCAGAGCUAUCAGUAUGAGGUGUGUCUGAGCGGAGACUCUGGGAUUACAGAUUUUAAGUUCCUGAAGCCCAGCAAUCCCAAUAGUCUGAUUCCAGACAAUUACAUGUUGAAUAGUUAAAAUUACAGAAAAUUCUUAGUAAUCAACAAGAGAAGGAUAAGUCAUAGUUGCUUGGAUGUCGGUAUUUUUCUGGUAAUUAGUAAUACUUCUUUGAGAUUAUGUUUUAUUUCUAUGUGCUUUUACUUUUUACAUAAUCAAUUAAUGCUUCAACUGCCUGCUGUCUUAGUAAUGCAGUCUUAGCGUAUAUUUUCUGUCACUAGCAGGAAGUAGAAAUCUUUACUCUGCUAGUGAUAACUCAAAGUUUUAAAAUCUCAUUUAAUGUAGUGUAUUUGACAAGCAAUGUAGAAUGCCAAACAUUUUCAAAAUUUUAUCUGUAACAGUUUUUAUUUUGAUUUUCUUAGAACGUACACUCACUGUACAAUGUGGUGGAUUUGUUGUGGUGCUUGCAUACAUGUAGAUUGUGUACUUUGAUCAUACUCAUCCCUGAUCAUCAGUCUCCGCCUAUAAUUUCACAAUGUCCCUAAAUAUCACCUGGAAGUGAAAAAUGUUCUUCUAUUGUCAUUGCGUGUGGCUAUUGUUCCAUUCAUUUUCCUGCAAACAAUGUAGUUUCAUUUUUCUUAAUGGAUUAGUAAGAUUACAUUAUGUGGAUUAUAGGCGCAGUUCAAAUGUAGAGUAUUUGCUUAGCGUGCACAGUAUACUGUGUUUGAGUGCCAGCACCAUAUAGCAUGUUUAAGAUCAUCUGAGUUAUAUGAGUCUCUGUCUUUCAAAACAAAAAAACAAAACAAAACUGCACUUUACAAAUAAGUACUUUACUCAUCCAUUACAACAAUAUUAACCUGUUCCCUCAACAGUUAAGUAAAAUGUUAACUACAGAUGUUUCUUUGAGAAGUAUAACAGUUUGAACUCCUUUAGAAACAAUAGCCUUAACCCAUCUCUUUAUUGACACUUGUUAUUAACAUUUUGAGACAAGGGGUCUCUACUAGCCCUGGCUGUCCUGGAAUCACUAUGUAGACCGAGUUGGCCUCACAGAGACCCACCUGCUUCUGCCUCCUGAGUAUGGGGAUUAAAGUCAUGCACCACAGCACCCAGCAGCAAUUAAUAUUCGAGAUUUCAUUUUAAUAUAGACCAGAGGUUAAAAACUUUGAUAAAUCCAUUGGAUUACUUUUAAGCUUUUAGUCUUCAGGGUUGUUCAAAGCACAUUCAAAUAACAGGAAUAAAUUAAACAUAUGUUUUAAACUAC